AUGACAUCUCCGAGAAUUUUCACAGUUCUUGAGAACAACCCAGCGGUAAUGACCGAUCUCGGCCACCGACUGGGCCUAUCCAAAGACCUCGAAUUCUACGACAUCUACUCCCUCGACGACCCGGAUCUCCUCAGCUUUAUACCCCGCCCCGUCCACGCCUUGCUAGCGAUCAUUCCGCUCACGGAUGCAUGGGCUAAGGCGCGGAAAGAAGAGGACGACCAGAUAGAGUGGUACGAGGGGUCUGGCGCCGACCCUGUCCUCUGGUUCAGACAGACGAUAAUUCACGGCUGUGGUCUUAUCGGGCUUAUUCACUGCGCUUGUAACGGUGUUCCUGCGGAAAGGAUCACUCCUGGAAGCGAACUUGACAGGCUUUUACAGCAGGCAAGCCCCCUUAAGAUGGACGAGCGCGCGAAGCUCCUCGAGGACUCAGAUACUAUUUACCAGGCGAGCCAGGCUGCUGCAGUAAACGGGGAUACGGUACCGCCGACACUGGACGCGAGUACGAAGAUGGGACAGCAUUUUGUGGCGUUCGUGAAGGGACGGGAUGGGCAUCUGUGGGAGCUCGAGGGGUCGAGGAAGCGGCCGCUUGACAGAGGUGUUCUCGCGCAAGAUGAAGACUUGUUGAGCGAGAAGGCUCUGGAUCUGGGAUUGAAAAGAUUGAUAGAGGUCCAGAGUUCCUCGGAAGCAGAUCUGAGGUUUUCGUGUAUUGCUCUUGCGCCGAGUAGCGAAUAA